CUCCCUCUUCUCUUUCCGUCCCUCGCGAUCCUCUUGACUCGAUUCCCUAUCGUCUUUCUUCCCUCCCUCCUCAUCCGUUGAUCCUUUCUCAUUCUUUGUUCCUAUUCUCCUGCCACUCUCCAACUCCUCAACCUUUCCCUUUCCCUCCCCCCCUCUUCCUUCUUCCCUUUACCCCCCUUCCCCCUCUUACUACUUACCACCUCCUAACCAACCACUAUCUCCCCUUCCAGCCUCAUGUUCUCCCCAUACUCGGAAGAAUUUGAGGUGCCCGAUUCGACUCUUCGACCAUGCGAUUUUGAUCUGUGAGCGAACCCAUUCUCUUCUUCUGUCCAUUUGCUGUCAUCCUUGGCCCCGCCGCCAGCACUCGUUGGCCGAAAACAAAUGGACGAGAGCUGAAGCGCGCCUCCCCCGGUCGGGUUCACUGGACUGCCCCCAACCCCUACGACUCCGCAGGCCUUUCAAUUCACGACCGUCUGAUAUCUUCAUAUUGUUCUAUUGUUGUACAAUUCUGCCAUUCUACCCUUUUGUUUUCUCGUUGGUCGUUCUCCUCUGCGAUCGAUCUGGUUCUGCCUGGGAUGCGCCUGUGUCAUCGUCGUUAGUAUGAAUCGACGUGUGAUUGUGAUCUUUCCAUCAUGUCGUGAGUCCCUCGUCUGUGAUCUCCAUUCGGCUCCUGUGCUGCGGGAGGGAGACUACUUGCGAAGACAAGCUGCAAUUUCAGACAUCCCAUACUUGAGAGAGAAAUAGCCUAUGAUUCGCGACUCAUCUUUUGUCCGAUGCUGACCGCACCUGUUUAUAUCGCGCAUUCACUGCUUUUCGUACGGCCUCGGAGCUACUUGGCUAACGCGACACGAACCAGGUCACCUCCGAAUUCCAAACGGAUCAAGACUUCGGCCACAACUAGUGCCCCGCCGCAUCUGCUCGCCCAACAGCAGCUCCAUCCUUUCCAUCGGGUCCCGACCUUCGACGGCAUUCCUAUUCCUACGGCCCCAAUCCCCCAUUCGCAACAGCAGCAACCGCCGCAGCAACAACAUCAGCAACAUCAGCAACAUCAGCAACAGCAGCAACAGCAGCAGGUGGUGCAGCAGCAACAACAACAACAACAACAUCAACAAUCCCAACAGCAAGCCUCAUCUCGCAAGCGUCCCCAAUCUCCCACCGUGGGCUCGUCCACGAUGAUGGCUGCACAGAUGAGCUCUACGGGUGGGCCAGUCGAGGGUGACCCAACCGCUCUGCCACCCGCCCCGGAGCCUGCCCCCAAGAAGAAGGGUCGCACUAACACCCCGUGGACCGCCGAGGAGGAACAACGGCUCAAGACUAUGCGCGAUGCCGGGCGUAGUUGGAGUGAAAUCGCAAAGACAUUCCCUACACGAACCGAGGGCAGUGUGAAAAAGCAUUGGUAUAAGGAUAUGCACUACGCUGAAUUCGCCGAAGAUGAGUCCAUAAAGCUCCGUGAUGCAAUCAAGGAGUACGAGGCAAACAAGUGGAAAGUCAUCGGACAGAAAGUCGGCAAGCCUGCCAAGGCUUGCGAGCAAUAUGCCAAGGAACAUUUCAAGAAUCUUUGAGCUUCUACCCUUGAUGACCCCCC